UUUUUCAGUUUUUUCAGAGACACCAGCUGACAACACAACAAAGAUAAAUCUUAUAAUUGCCAUAACAAGCGCUUGUUUUGUAGCAUCUGUUGUUUGCGCCGGCUUCCUAGUUUGUGCCAUUAGAUAUCUAAAAAUACUUGUGAAACAAAAGAAUUUGGAAGCUGCACCUCUCAUAGUGGGGAGACAGGUUGAAGAAGGGGACAUGGAAGAAAAUACAGGCUAUCUGGAAGAAAUUGGAGCAGAUAUGCCUGAGUUAAGCCAAGAACAGCCAUGCACAGAGCCUUCAUCCCCCCAUGCAGACCUUCAAGAGACUCCACAAGGGGCAGAGGGCAUCAGUAUUCGAAAGGAAGCAGAAAUGCAGCCAUCUAAGGUUCCAGCUGCAGUUGUGAGACCCAAGCCAUGGUCCCUAACCACUCAGCCACAUGUACAUACCUCAGAUGAGGAGGACUCACUGCAAUAUAUUGGGUCACAUGAUGAUGAGACAGUACCAUUGAUUCGGAGAGGUAGCCAAGAAAUCAGUUCACCUAUGGAUCCAGUAUUCAAGGCUGGAGGUAUUGAAGUAGUUCUCCAUCAAACCCCUCCCCUUAAAGAAGAUGAACAGAGCAAAUCUUCAAUGACAGAAGAUGCCACAGAACCUUCCGUAGCUCAACAAACCUUACCAGACAAGCAUGAAGACCUACCAGAUACAGCAGACCAGCGUACAGAAGAUUCUGCACAUGAAGAAGAUAGAACGGAUGCAGGCCCCAUGUCUGAACAUAGAGAUCUAAGAACAGAAAAAGAGGACGAAGAAGAGACUAGCAUUAAACAAAUAUCAGGCUCAGCAGAAGAUACUAAUGACAUUCCUCCUGACAUAGAAGAAAUUGCAAGAGCAGCUGCAUUAGUGCGUGUGCCAAGCGAUGAACUGAGCUUCCCUGUCCAAGAGAGUACACAUGAUGACUCGGACGGGUUAGAAGCCUUAGGUGCUGUAGGAGGCAGAUCAGAGUCUCCCUUCAGCCCGCUGCCUUCAGCUCAGGCAGAUUCUGACACAGAAAGCUCGUCUGGUGAUGAAGCUUACGAGAGGAAGGUGCGAGUUGCGAUUAGGGACAGCGUGGCAAAAAGUCUUUUUACAGGACUUGCCCAUCAUCUAAGUAACCCUGCAGGACCAGGUCCGGACUGGGUACCUCUGGCCCGAGCAGCGGGCGUCACAGGGCCAGAAAUAGACCACAUCAUUAAUGAAGCAGCCCAGGACCUUGACAAAGACAUUAGAAAAAUGUUAGAGAGAUACGAGGAAGGCAAAACUGGUGACAGGCCAAUCAGUGAGCUGUAUGGGGAGCUUAUUGCGCGAAAGAGACAGGAGUUAUAUAAUACUUUUAGAAGAGACCCACCAAGCUAAAUUGUACUGGUACAAUAGCUCAAUCAAUCAGAAGAGUGCUCGCUUUGUAACCAGGAGGUCGUGAGUUCAAAGCCCGGCCGGGUCAUACCAAAGACUUUAAAAAAUGGUACAUACUGCUUUCUCUGCUUAGCACUCAGCAUCUAUGAGAAAGAGUAUGGGAAGUUCAAGCACACAACGCUACUAGCAGGCUACCCCCCUGCUGUAGUGCUUGCACAACUGCGUGGGCCCAAGGGCUAUAGAAAUGGCGAUGGGCGCCGCCCCUAUGCUCUGCACAGAGUGAAAAGGGAACAUAGCUAAAUAUAUAGCUAUGGAAAGGGACUUGGGAUCCGGAUGGCUAAAAUAAAUCGAUUUUGGCAAACCUAGUGAACAUGACAAAGCAAGUGUAUAUUAUCCAGUUAAAUUUCAUAAGUCUACUCAAUGCACACAUUGCACUAGCUUGUACUACUGUUAACCCACUGUAAGCUAAGGUGGGUCUUAACAGCAUAGACGUAUAUGAAAUAGGUACACUAGCCUGUAUCUCGCUAACUGCAGCAUAUCUGGUGUAAUGUGUGUGUUGAAUAGACCCAUAUAUUAGUGUGCCUGUUGUAGCAUUAUACUUAUAUGGUACUAUGUAUCUUUUUUCAUUAUUAUUACAUUUAUUAUUACAUUUUCUGCUUAUUCCAGUUAAGUUAUGAAUAGCGAUCUGCUUGUAUAUAUUAAGCAAAUUCUGCUUGUAUAUAUUAAGCAAAUUCUGCUUGUAUAUAUUAAGCAAAUUCUGCUUGACAGUGUAUAUAUUACGCAAAUUCUGAUUGUAUGUAUUACGCAAAUUCUGCUUGACAAUGUGUAUAUUAAGCAAAUUUUACUAGGUUUGCAGCUUUGAAGACGUUUCAAAUGUGAGACGUCUCGAAAGUUUAAAAUGAUGUUAAGAAGCAUUAGAAUAUUUAGAUGUAAGAAUCCUGUUUAUGUUAAUCUGCAAUCAUACUUCAAUCUUUCUUCUCCAGAAGAAAGACGAUAGUCAACGCAGCUUCUUGCUGUAGAACAUAAUAAGAAGAUACAGAAGGAAACACAGUCAGCGUUUGUUAGAUAGCUUGGAAUAAAAACAGUGCAUUGAAGUAUUUUUGUUGUUUCAACUGGCUCAAAAUAAAGGGUCGAUAAUGA